AUGGCGACCGUUACAACUCCGACGGGUUAUUGUAACUGGCCAAAUAUAAACAGAAACACAAGAAGAACGCCACCAUCCUUCUCCACCUGCCAGAGGCUCAAUUCCAGAUUCCGAUGCUCUUCAUCUGCCAGCACCGUCACCCCAUCGUCCAACGAGGCUCCGGUCGAUUACGUUCCCUCAAAGCCCACCGACCUACCUUUCUUCGAUUUGAUGUCAUUCCCUGGAAAACUUAGGGCCGGUUUUGGUGCCUUGGGAUUCCGCCCUUCCCCUCCAGGUCGGGAGGAAUCAGUGGAAGAGUUUGUGCGGCGAAACCUUGGGGCCGAAGUCUUUGAACGCCUCAUCGAGCCGUUUUGUUCAGGUGUUUAUGCUGGUGAUCCAGCAAAACUUAGUAUGAAAGCAGCUUUCGGAAAAGUCUGGAAGCUGGAAGAAAAUGGAGGUAGUAUCAUAGGUGGAACCAUUAAAGCAAUUAGGGAGAGAUCUACCAGUACCCAAAUGCCUCGAGAUCCCCGUUUACCAAAGCCAAAAGGUCAAACUGUUGGAUCAUUCAAGAAGGGACUGGCCAUGUUGCCUAAUGCGAUUGCCACAAGGUUGGGCAGCAAAGUGAAAUUAUCGUGGAAGCUCUCCAGUAUUACAAAGUCUGAAGAUAAUGGGUAUAAACUGUUGUAUGAAACACCAGAGGGGAUUAUUUCGGUUCAGAGUAGAAGUGUGGUCAUGACCCUUCCAUCCUAUGUAGCAAGCAAUUUAUUGCGUCCUCUUUCAGCCGCCACAGCUGACGCACUUUCAAAAUUUUACUAUCCCCCGGUUGCUGCAGUAACUGUUUCAUAUCCUAGAGAGGCAAUUCGUGAGGAUUGCUUGAUUGAUGGUGAGCUAAAGGGUUUUGGGCAGUUGCAUCCACGCAGCCAAGGAGUGGAAACUUUGGGAACGAUAUACAGUUCAUCCCUUUUCCCUAAUCGCGCACCUUCUGGAGAGGUCCUUCUUCUAAAUUACAUUGGGGGAGCAACAAAUACUGGAAUAUUGUCAAAGAAAGAGAGUGAAUUGGUGGAAGCAGUUGAUCGUGAUCUUAGGAAAAUGCUCGUAAAUGCUGAUGCAAAAGAACCCGUGGUUCUGGGGGUUAGAGUGUGGCCGCAGGCAAUCCCACAGUUUCUGGUUGGUCAUUUGGAUGCAUUAGAUGCUGCAAAAACUGGUCUCAGUAAGAAUGGAGUUGAGGGAUUGUUUCUCGGGGGUAACUAUGUUUCUGGUGUGGCACUGGGGAGAUGUGUGGAGGGUGGUUAUGAAGUUGCUGCCGAGGUUCAAGACUUUUUGGCUAAAAAUGUGUACAAGUGA